UUUCUCUCUCUCUAUAGAUCUCAACAGCUCUCCUGGGAAUAAAUCUGCCGCAUGUGAAAUAUAAUAUCAUCAAUAGAGAGAGAGAGAGAGCUUAUGACUGCUGCCUCUCUGAGCUGCUCCGCUGAAUAUAUUACUUCUCAAAUCGCUUGCUUAAAAACGGCCUCUUCUAGCUCCAAGCCGCCACUACCGAGCUUGCUCCUGCGCGUGGGGCAUUUAACUACGCUACUCCCGCGCUGAGUUGCUCUAAUCCGUAUAAAAAUGGAGCCGUGGCCAUGGUCGCCGCCAUCCUUUUACCCUGUUGAAAGCCCGCUCUUGGAGAGUUGUGGGGAAUCAUGUUGGCGAAUCCACCAGGCAAUGGACGGAGCAAGAGAGGGGCGCAAUGGUCCUCCCACCUUACGCAUGCGGCGGCUUGGAAGAGCGCUCGAUGCUUGAGGAUCCAAAGCACCAGGAAUGGCGUGGGAAUGGGUUUUCUCAGGACAGAAUGAGGAAAAGAAGUGGAAAAAGCAAGAAGAUUGUCAAAAGUCCCGAGUAUUAAAACUUGGGUGUUCUAAUUGAGAGUGCUCGUACACUUCCAUUUUCCGCUCCAACAUCAAACUCCUUCUUCCUUUCUUUCCUUCCUCUUCUAUUGUUAAACGUCUCUGGAAGAAGAAAUAGAAAAAAAAUCAAAAGAAGUUAUCCUUAUCUUUUCAGUUUCCAUCUAGCUCCCAUACCUACAUACUCCGCUUGAACAAUGGCCUCCUUCUUACCUCUCGCAGACUCUGCUCUGUUCACACCCCUUCAGCUCGGCGCCCUUCAGUUGGAGCAUCGAGUUGUCCUUGCGCCGCUCACCCGCAUGCGAGCUUCCAAAGAGUCUGAGGGUGUCUACGUUCCUAAUGAUCUGAAUGUACAAUAUUACUCAGAGAGAGCCACAAAAGGUGGCUUCCUAUUAACGGAAGCUACUCCAAUCAGCCGAUAUGCCGCCGGCUACCCUGGUGUACCUGGCAUUUUCACCCCAUCGCAAAUCGCCGGCUGGAAAAGAGUCACGGACGCCGUCCACGCCAAAGGCGCCUUCAUUUACUGCCAACUCUGGCACGUAGGGCGGGCCACCGUCCCCUCAUUCCUCGACGGCAAAUCCCCCGUCAGUGCCUCCAACAUCCCCAUCUCGGGCGAUGCGCUGGACGGCUCGAAAUAUGCCGACUCGGCCCCCACCCCCCUAACAGUUGAAGAGAUUCAGGAGCUUCUGGUAGAGUACGCUGCAGCGGCCAAGAGGGCGCUGGAAGCUGGAUUCGAUGGCGUAGAGAUUCAUGGAGCAAAUGGCUACCUCCUCGAUCAAUUCCUGCACGACAACGUCAACAUCCGCACGGAUGCCUACGGCGGCAGGAUCGCCAACCGCUCCCGCUUCCCGCUCGAAGUCAUCCGGUCCGUGACAGCCGCCAUCGGCGCCGAACACGUCGGCAUCCGCCUCUCCCCUUACAACUACUUCCAGGACACCCGCGACUCGGACCCCAACCCGCACUGGGUGUAUCUGUGUGAGCAGAUCGCCGCGCUGCCGCAGGAAAACCGCCCUGCCUAUGUGCACAUGGUCGAGCCGCGGUUCGACGAGGUGCUAGAUGAGGAGGCGAAGCUGGCUGCGUUAGCCGCGACGACCAACGGGGAUCCAAAGGAGAAGGUGCCGUCGAAGGAUUACUCGCUCGACCAUUUCCGCAAGCCGUUGAAGAAGGGUGGUGUUGCGCUGCUGGCUGCGGGUAACUUUAAGCGGGAGAAUUGCGUGGCGAAGAUCAAGGCGGAUGGGGCGGAUGCGAUUGUGUUUGGGCGGUGGUUUUUGGCCAAUCCGGACUUCGUGAGGAGGUUGCGGGAGGGGUUGGCGCUUAAUAAGUAUGAUCGGACGACGUUCUAUGGGGCCACGCCGCCCUCGAAGGGGUAUACAGAUUAUCCAUCUCUCUAUAAGCGGGAGGGGUUGGAGGGGAGUGGCUGAGUUAGUGGAACCAAUUAGUUAGGCGUUAGUUUGUCGAUGUAUACAUCCUUAGAUCUACAUGAAACGAAUAGAUUUCCAUAAAUAUAUUAAUUUUGCAAUUGUG